UCAGAUUUGACUUGCCAUGUGGACAAUGGGCUAACGCAAUACGACACAAAUAUGUAUGUAUGCUGUUCGGGAUUGCAUCUGAAACAUCAAAAUGGCAGUGAAGCCAAUUGUUGUGCAGGAAAAAUAGUAUAUGACAGUGGCACACACGGGUGUUGUGGUUCAGUACUUUACGAACUGGAUGAGAGCAGAGCACAAAAACUAGCAUGCUGUGGAAACCAAACGUUCUAUCAAGGGGCUGGCAUUUGUUGUGAUGGACAUUUCACGCGAAAUCCUGGAAAUGCAACCAGAAUGGAAUGUCGGGAUGGCAAGGGUGUUGUUAAACAGGAAAGACACUUGCAGUUUACAAAAGCUAAUGGAGCCCAGCUGCGAGAGCUCGAUACACAAGACGGAAGAAGAGCAAAAACGUGUCGAAAUGACGUCAUGAUCGAUCAAAACCUCCCACAGGGUUCUGAAAUAACAUCAGACAUGCUGGUGUUGGACGGCGUGAAGCAGUGCGGGCAGUUCGUAUACCCUAUUGAAAGUUCAACCAAACGUUACCAUUGCUGCAACGGCGAAUUUAAAACGACAAACCAUCUUGAUCCCAAAGCAAAUUACACCUGGGAAUGCUGUGGGACGAGUCUCUACAACACCUCCAGCAAGGAAUGCUGCGGGGGAAUACUGAUUGAUACUAGCCUGCAACCCAUUAGUUGUUGUAAUGGGGCGCUGGUAUAUACCAAAUCCUACCAGCGUUGUUGUGGGGGUCAAGUUGUUGACAAAAUAGAAUACCUGUGCCAUAAACCAGUGACAAGUAGUGCUGGAAUACCUGUCCGAAAACAAGACGAUGACCACAACGAUACGUGCUAUGACUACAAAACAAAGAUAUACAAGACGUUUAAUGAUGCGAAAAGGAUCUGUCACGAAGGAAUGUUAAUUUCAACUGACAAUUUAAUCGACACUAUGGAAAAAGAUAUUUUAAACGAAAGUAAAUGGGAUGUUGAUAAUCAUACAUCAAAGAAGAACAUGCGAUUCUUCAGUCCGAUUUGUCCUUACACGGAGUGUGAAACUGGGUUCUACAACAGGACCACCGAGUGUAGGAAAAGAACCCGCCUGGACUUCUUUCUUCAAAAUAUGACGAAGAACAAUGGACGUAUAAUUUUGUCUGGUAUUGUGACCUACCCAAACAAGUUUAACGGUUCCCAUUUAGCGCUAAAUUCUUUCUUAGCAUGUAAAGACAACUGUUUUGCAAAAGGCACUUUGCUUUCUAUAUACACCAAUCGUUUCACCAAAACAUUACCCAACAAAGUAGUUCGACUUUCCAUUAGGGACAUGGUUGUGAAGACACACAAGGCCUCGAUUUCUUGUACAAUAGAUCCAUGGGCAAAGCGAAAUGAAAAAAGACCAUGAACAUGCUAAAUAUACGUCUUUGUCCUAUCAACAUCAAAAAACGUCUUAACUUACAUUUGUUUCGAUAAUGUUUCAACCGAAAAAUAGUAAGGUAAUUCUCGUAAACACAUUUAUAAAAAACUUAUUAAAUAGUAAAUAUCCUAGUCUUAGUACGUUCCGUUAUAUUAGUAUUUGAUGGUUUUAUAUUGUGGCAUGAGGGUAGGCAUUUGCAGCUCAAGUAUAUAUUGUUUUGGCUCAAGGGGAGUUGGGGUAAAAAACGAUACUUCAAAAAAAAUUAUUACGUGCAUCAAUAGCCAUGACAGUUUAUUGUUUCAUUAACUGACAACUUGGAUCAGUUUAGAACAGAAAACAAAAAAGUAUCUGGUUAUUAUAGUAUAAUAGUAGGAACUUUGGUGUACAUACAUCUUUCUUUUUUAUAUUUGCAGAUUAUGCCUAAUAAUAUUGUAAUAUUAUAAUUUGAUUAACGUAAAAGAUCUUUAUAUAACUUAUAAAACAAUAUCCAGUUAAUGGCGAUUAGAUGGGUAUAAUUGCGGAAUUUGGUUUAAAUAUACCUUUAUAUUUUGAUAUUGACCGUUAAUACAUUCAUAAAGUGCGAUGUGAUAAUUUGAUUCAUGAAUAUUAUUGCGUAAAUGUCUUUUCAUCUAUUUAAAUUCCAUGAACAUUAAUUGUAAAGUCUGUAUUUGUCUUAGCUAUGGUAAAGGGGAACGUGUAUAUUUUAUCAAUGUUUACUGCUCAGUCGGCCAAUUAUUGAAUUGAUUUUUGUUCAAAAUAGAUAUAUGCGAAUACAUGAAACCAUUCUAUCAUCCAUAUACAAACGAAUAAUACACUUUGAUUUACAAUUUCAAUAAAAUCAUACCCAUAUAAUUGCCAUUUACUGGAUAUUGUUCUAGAGUAAUGUACCAAUAAAAUACAGGUAAUGAAGUUAAUCGCAACCGUGUACAUGACAAGAAUAUAUGUUGCUUACUGUGUAUGUCCGUCCAUUCGUAUAGCUGUUAUGUAAUUGUGUCAGACAUUAAAUAUCUAUACUAUUAUUGUCUUGUAAGUGCAUGUUGUAAGUAUUGUUGCUUGUGCUUAGCUUCACUGUAAUUGAAACUACAAUACCAUAUUGUGUUCGCAUGUUAGUAGAUCAUAUGCAUUCUUGCCAUUUGUAUACUAGUUAUUAUAUUAAAUUAGUAGAAGCAUGGAAUGUAUAAUGAAAUGUAUGUUCAAGCAUAUUCCUUCUAACAAAAAUGAUAUUUUUAAAAUGGUUUUCUAUAAUGCAGCUGUUGUGUAAAACAGAACAUGGAGACAGUUAUUUAAUACUUAUACGUUUCUGAGUUAUAAUAAGAAAUAUGUAAUUAUAUAUAUUCAUUCUCUAAUUCAAGGCUACGAAUGUGUGUAAUAACAAGAUUUUUAAAGCAGUAUUAAGUAGACAGUCGCAUGAAUAAAAUAUAAUCAUUUUUUUUUAAGCAAUAAGUGUGACUUGUAUGUAACAUUUUUGUAUAUAAUGCUGUACAUAAAAUAUUUAUUAAAAAAAACACUUGGUUCAAAUCUGCAAAUGAAUCUAGCAUUAGUUAUUGUGUUUAAAUUGUAGUAUUUAUUAAUUAAGAUUUUAUAUCUUAUUAAAUUGUACCUAAGAACUUUAUGUUAUUCUGCCAUGCUAAAUGCAUUUACCCAUUUUGCAUUGAGUACUUAAAUAGUAAGUAAAUGAAAAUAUACUAACUUUUUGAAGAUAUGUUUGAUUUAUUGGAGAUGCUAUAUGGUGUUUUUUUAUUUAAUGUCUAUUUGAAUAAUUCUCUACAAGCUUGAAGUUUGCAGCUCCAUAACACGUUAAAACCCCAAAAGAUGUGCAUUGACCAAUUCAAACUACUGCCUCAGUUUUAUACAUUUAAGUUUGUUUGCUGUGUGAUUGUAUGCCGUCCAAAAUAUUUUUAAAACUCUUUUAAUACACUAAUACCGCUCAUAUGCUGAUUAUAUUGCAUUAACACGAGGGCAUGUGAUUUUUACACUGUAUACGUUGUUUAUUUAUUGAUACAUAUCAUCUCAAACUGACAGGACAAUCGUAUUUGUACUUUACAUGAAUAUAUAAUUUGUAUUAAGCAUUAUUGAAUGGUACAAAGUCUCAAGCAUAAGAUGUAAACAUUGAAUUUUACGAUAUAUGUGUUGAUAGAGUAAUAUUUGUUUUCAUUUAAUAUUGUUUUGUAAUAAUAUAGGAUAUUAUAACCUUUUGUUCCACGUGUAUGGC